AUGUGGUGGGGGGGUCGGGGCCAGAGUUUCAACAUCGCCCCCCAGAAGGCGGAGCCAGACAUGGGGCGAUCUGGACCAAAAUCUGUCCAGAGGACUGGGAUGCUGGAGUCCAGGAGUUGUCAGCUUGGCCAUCAGCUGGCCACGGGAUGCCUCCCAGGGGAGCAGAUCCUAGCAUGGGCCCCAGGGGUAAGAAAGGGGCUGGAACCUGAAUUGCCUGGAACCCUGAUCUGCACCAACUUGAGGGUCACCUUCCAGCCCUGUGGAUGGCAACGGAGUCAGGAGACUCCCCUGAGCAGUGAAUAUGAUUUUGUCCUGGUCAACAUUGGGCGAUUAGAGGCUGUGAGUGGAUUGUCCAGAGUCCAGCUCCUCCGUCCAGGGUCCCCACUUAAAUUUAUCCCUGAGGAGAUUCUCAUUCAUGGCCGAGACUUCCGGCUGCUCAGAGUUGCUUUUGAGGCUGGAGGACUAGAGCCUCAGGCCUUUCAGGUGACCAUGGCCAUUGUCCGAGCCAGAGCUCAGAGCAGUCAAGCCCAACAGUAUGCAGGGAUAUCCCUGAGCAAGGCUGGCCAGAGUUCAGGGUCCAGAAAACCACCUAUACCCCUCUUGGAGACAUCAGAAGACUGGGAGACUGAGCGGAAAAAGCAGGGGGCCAAGGGCUGGAGAGUCAGCACUGUUAAUGAGAGGUUCGACGUAGCCACCAGCCUCCCCCGUUACUUCUGGGUCCCGAAGCGAACUCUGGACAGUGAGGUCAGGAGAACAUUUGGCCACUUCCAUCAGGGCCGUGGACCGCGCCUGUCCUGGCAUCACCCUGGGGGCAGUGAUCUUCUCCGCUGUGGUGGCUUCUAUACAGCCAGCGACCCUAACAAAGAGGAUAUCAGAGCAGUGGAGUCAAUGCUCCAGGCUGGGCAUUCAGAUGUUGUGCUGGUGGACGCUGUGGAUGAACUGCCUAGUCUUACAGAUGUUCAGCUUGCCCACUUGAAGCUGAGGGCCCUCUGCCUGCCUGACUCAUCUGCAGCUGAGGAGAAAUGGCUCUCGGCCUUGGAAGGAACACGAUGGCUGGAUUACGUCAGGUCUUGUCUUCGAAAGGCCAGUGACAUCUCAGUCUUAGUGACAUCCAGGGUUCGCUCUGUAAUACUCCAAGAGCGCAGUGAUCGUGAUUUCAAUGGCCUCCUCUCUUCACUCGUCCAGCUGCUUUCAGCCCCUGGAGCCCGAACACUGCUUGGCUUCCAAUCACUAGUGCAGCGAGAGUGGGUGGCAGCUGGACAUCCCUUCCUGACCCGACUUGGAGUAACUGGAGCCAGUGAAGAGGCUCCAGUGUUUCUUCUCUUCCUUGAUUGUGUCUGGCAGCUCCUCCAGCAGUUUCCAGCUGAGUUUGAAUUCUCAGAGUUUUUCCUUCUUGCUCUUCACGACAGUGCCAGAGUUCCUGACACUCUCACAUUCUUGAGAAAUACUCCCUGGGAGCGCAGAAAACAGAGCGGACAGUUCAACUCCUAUACACAAAUCUGUACCCCAGGGUACUCCCAACCCCUUGCUGGGAACUCGGUUAACCCACAGCUGUCCGUCUGGGACUGGGAUUUACGUUACAGCAGUGAACAGAUACUACAGUUCCAUAAUCCUGGCUAUGACCCAGAAUACUGCCCAGAUUCCUGGCUCCCUAGACAGCAGCCAAGCUUCCUGGUUCCUGGACCCCCCAGUUCUGUGUGGCUCUUCUCCAGAGGGGCCCUGACCCCCAUGAAUCAGCUCUGUCCUUGGCGGGACAGCCCCUCCCUACUGGGUGUCUCUUCUCGUUGGCUCCCUCGACCUGCUAUCUCCUCUGAAAGCCUGGCUGAUCAGGAGUGGGGGCUCCCCUCACACUGGGGAGCUUGCCCUUUACCCCGGGGGUUGCUGCUGCCUGGAUAUCUGGGACCCCAGAUCAGGCUGUGGAGACGCUGCUACCUGAGGGGAAGGCCUGAGAUCCAGAAAGGCCUCUCAGCUCCCACAAUCUCUGGCCUCCAGGAUGAACUAUCCCAUCUUCAGGAACUUUUAAGGAAAUGGACACCAAGAGUAUCUCCUGAGGAUCAUUCCAAGAAAAGAGAUUCACAUACCAUUCUCUCCCAAUCCCGUUGAAAUUGCUGUCUUUUGUAUGGGUCUGGCGAAGGAUGGUCUGGGGUGAGGGAGGGUUCUUUUUAAUUCUCCAAUUUUUAUUAUCUGGUCUUGCUGUCUCAGCUUUUGACACUCCAGCCCUCAACAAGCUCACUGAUCAACUUUCCAUUGUAGAUGGGUGGUGCUAACCUCCCAACUCUUGCCCUGUCCUGUUUUGUUGCUCAAGAGGUUUCUUAGGAUUUGAGGAAUUAAGAAACAAAAGCAAUCCUGAAUACGAUUAACUUUGUUUUUUUCAAGGCAAUUCUAUCCCUUUGGAUAUCCAGCUGUUAAAUGUGAGAUGAGAGAUGCUGUU